AUGAAUACAACACUAAGCAACAUUAGUGAUGCUCUUCUAGCUGUACCUUAUCAAUUAAAUAUUUGGUUUGGUUCAUUUCUUUGGAUGGCAGGUAAUCUUGGUUGCAUUGGAAAUGUGAUUGUAUUUCGAUCUCCAGCCUUUCGCAAACGAGCUUAUGCUGUUUAUCUCGUAUUGGAAGCCAUAUCAGAUUUUAGUUAUUUUAAUUUUGUACUGGCUGAACGAAUACUUCAAGAAGGAUUUCAACUUCCGCUUGUCACACGCUAUGAUGCCAUAUGCAAACUUCGACAAUUUUUAACUGACUGGAGUAAUCAAGUUUCAUUUAGUUUUUUUGCGUUUGCUACAACCGAUCGGCUUUUAUCUACCCAACGUGCAAAUAAAUAUCGCCAGUGGAGUAAUCGUGCUGAUCUGGCUCUCAAAAUUUGUUUGAUAUGUGCGUUCGUUUGGCUAUCAGUUUUCGGGCAUCGAUUGAUUCUAUAUAGUGCUACCAAAGGAGCAUGCAUUCCUUUACCAGGAUUUUACGCCUAUUUCGAUGCGUACAAUGAAAUAUUUUUCAAAGCAAUAUGUCCGCCAAUCGUGAUGAUUGGACUUGCCCAUCUGUUAAUACGAAGUGUUCGAGAUGUUAUUCAACGAAAAGUUGGUCCUAGUGAUAGUAAGCUACCAGCAAUCGUUGCAUGUAGAUCAGCUAUUGAUCAGAUAGAUUCUCGGUUAACAUUAAUGCUUAUCCUACAGUCAAUCAUUGCUUUAAUAACAUAUAUACCAUUUGCAACUCAACUUAUGUAUUCUAAUAUAACUCAAUAUUGGCCGAAGUCAACUUUGCGAAAUGCUCAAGAAAGCGUUUUCGCUGAAUUAACUCAUUUAUUGUCUUACACAUUUUUUGCCUCGAGUUUCUACGUAUCGAUUAUUACAAAUGUUGGUUUUCGUCGACAGAUUAAAAAGUUCUUUAAGAAAUCAUGA